AUGAAUUUGACCAAGUUAGGAUUGAGGAUUAGAUGUAUUUCAAGCAGAAGAUUUUUUGGCACUCGUAGAAGAAAAUAUCCAGUAGAUCCGGAAGAGGCAAAUAAACUACCUGUUUUUCAAUAUAACGUGAGCAAGAAAGGUUAUAGAAGAGUAUUUACGUGGGGAAAUAUAUAUACUGGAGCACUAGGCAUACCAUAUAUGAAAUCAUCUGAUGAUCUUGAGAAACAAGAUUGUUUGAAAUAUCCUAAAAGGGUAAGAAUAGGAGAAACAUUUGAAGUUACAACAGCAGCUUGUGGUUUUGGUUUCUCAAUUUUUGCAGUGAAAAGUGAGACAGAUGAAAAGCUCUAUGGUACAGGUAUAAACACUGAUUCACAGAUUGGUUACCAUGAGGUACGGCAAGGAAAACCCCUGGAAAUUCUUUUUCAACCUAAACCAAUACACUUACCUUUCAAAAAUCCUAGGGAAUCGAAGGUUAUCAAAGUAUCUGCAGGAAGAGCACAUACAGCCAUUCUUACCAAUGAAGGAAUAUUUCUUCUAGGAAAUAAUGCUUAUGGGCAAUGUGGAAGGAGUAUUAUAUCAGAUGAGAAUUAUAUCAUGAGUAAUUAUGUAAACCACAUUGAGAAAAUCAAUGGCAAAACUAUAAUAGAUAUUGAAUGUGGACAAGAUCAUAGUUUAGCACUUACAGAAGAUGGUGCUGUGUUUUCUUGUGGCUGGGGUGCUGAUGGUCAGACAGGACUUGGCCACUUUGACAACUGGGCAGAAUUCUCCAGAGUAAAGGGAGAUAUAGAAUCAGAAAAAAUCACUGAGCUCACUUGUCGUUCUGAUUUUGUAUUGGCUUUGAAUGAGAAAGGCAAGGUAUUUGGAUGGGGCAACACUGAAUAUAGCCAAAUGACUGAAGCAAAUGAAGAUCAACAAAUUUCAACACCAAGACACAUAAAAAUGUUGGACCAAUUAGGGAAAAUCAAGAGUAUAGCAACUGCAGGCUCAUUUUGCAUAGUAGUGAAUGAUGAUGGUAAUGUAUUUUCUUGGGGUUAUGGAUUAUUGGGUGCUGGUCCUGAGGCACAACAAUCCAAAGUACCCAUUCACAUUCCCUCUACCCUCUUUGGUAAAAAUCACUUCCAGGUAGAUAGCAAAGUGGUUAAGGUAAAAUGUGGAUUGUAUAAUGCUGCUGCCAUCACAAAUUUUGGAGACUUAUACAUGUGGGGACGAAAUAAGUAUGGAUGUCUUGGAUUAGGGAAUGAGAAGAACUAAAAAUUAUAAUUUCAGGUUGCCAUAGGAGGGUAUGUUGAACAAAUAUUUUGUGGAGUUGAUCACACUGUAGCAAUUUGUAAGCCCUUCAUAUAA